GUAAACACGGAAGAAGCCCAUAGCAUAGCCUGACCACCUAAAAUAAUGAUAUGACGCAGGUUGCGUUUUAGUAAUUAUUACGACGGUGUUUACUUCAAUACGCACACAGACCUUGGUCGAUGACUGCAGUGGAGAUGUGUUGAAGUUGUGAGGUUGCUUUAAAUUAGAAACUAAUCAUUUCACUUGACAAUGUUUAACAAAUCGUAUCAGCUGCUUCCUCAGAAGGACUCUACCACACCGAGGACUCCUGGGUUAUUUGUGUCCGCUGACAGCUUCACACAGUCCGGCUACCACAAAGGACUUUCAUUUGACUACAUCCCCAAUGUGUCUGAAAACGAUUUCAGUGACACAACCCAAGGCUGGCUGUCUUGGAUUUGCAAUCUGAUUGUCAUCUUCCUUGUCUACAUUGUCACCUUCAUAACCUUUCCUGUAACAGGAUGGUUUGUGCUAAAAACUGUGCCUAACUAUCAGAGGAUAGUUGUGUUUCGCCUGGGUCGAAUUUGUCCCCCAAAGGGUCCUGGUAUUGUCCUUGUCCUGCCCCUCAUUGACAAGUGGCAAAGAGUAGACCUGCGCACCCGUGCUUUCAACAUCCCUCCAUGCCAGGUGACUGCUCGGGAUGGAGGUAUAUUGUCGGUGGGAGCAGACAUUCAGUUCAGGAUCUGGAACCCCGUCAUGUCAGUGGUAUCAGUCCAGGACCUGAACGUCUCUACUAGGAUGACGGCACACAAUGCUUUGACUCACAGCCUGGCAAAGAAGACUGUCAGAGAGAUCCAAACUGAGAAACUGAAACUGGGAGACUAUCUUGGAAUGGACAUUAAUGAGAUGACUCGUCCUUGGGGUCUGGAGGUAGACAGGGUAGAGCUGACCCUAGGCUCUUUACUAAAAGCCCCAGAGGAAGGCCCCUCUGGACCCCUCAUCAUGCCUCCGGCUGUACCUGGACUUGAAGGCCUGACUGGGCCCAUUCAGCAGCUGGCCAUGCACUUUCUGGCCCACAGUAGCAGUUCACAAAAAGAGGACAGUGUCAUUUUUGCAGAUGAGCUCAGCAGUGUCCCUCAGGCUGUUGUGGUCACACCGGGUUCUGUUGAAGAGCUGCUCGGUGGGGUCAAGCUUCUCCUCUCUGAAACUUUGGUGAACCAGGUCAGGGCCAGCUUCCAGUUUAACAUCUGCUCAGAAGAUGGACAACAUUGCAGUUACUAUGUGGAUUUGAGCAAAGGAAGCGGUGCUGCUGGAGCAGGGUCCUUGUGCCAAGAACCAGAUGUAACACUGAGUAUGAGUGACAGUGACCUUCUGGCCAUGUUCCAGGGCGAGCUACGACCCUUUGAUGCUUACACCAGUGGCAGACUUAAAAUCCAGGGAGACAUUAAGACAGCCAUGAAGUUGGAGGAACUUAUAAAGCUCCUUAGGAAAUAGUAAUAUUUGUAUAGCUUAUUUAUUGGAUCCUUAUUUUUUAACUGUAAAGCACACAUUUUUCAUGUAUGCAGUGAUUGCAUUUGUCAUAAACUGAAUCUU